GUUGGAUUUUGUUUGUUUUCUCACAGUUGCAAUACAGUCUCCUUGUGAACUUUACUAUCAAACAAUAUGAAUAAACAAUAUAUUUCCUUAUUGUUUUCUAUAUUGUUGGGCAGCACGUAUGUCCAUGAUCUUGGUGCGAAUUAUAUACGAGGAUCUCCCCUUAUAAAAUCCGAAACCCAUGAUCGUAUUCGACGUGAUAUCCAGAAUCCAGGAUUAAAUUUACGAGUGAUCGCGGGACUUUUGGUCAUCACCAAUUCGACUGCUAACGCUGCCCUGGCCGUUGAUGUGAAUGCCAAUCUUUUUGCCCUUCUAGAUGGUACUUCUGGAAGUGCCACAUGCAUCAACCUAACAACCGGCAAAGGCAUUUAUCUGCCUGAAGGAGUAUGGAAAGCCAAAAGUGGUUCCUUGGAAAACGUUCUGAAAUCCUUACCUAAGGGCUUAUCGAGUUUGCUUACCAGAAGUGGAUGCACCGUUGUAACCAGCAUAGAAUCUGCGAGUAAAAAGGUUCAGCAAGAGGUAUCAUCGAUUUUAGCUGAGCUAUUGACUCUCGCCGACGCAGAUUUAAUACGAGAUCCAUCCUUGGGAUUAGGUUUGGUUAGCGAUAUCGUCAAGGAUUUGAUUAAAGUAUUGAAGGGAGGUCUUAAUGGAUUACUAAAGGUAAUCGCCAAUGAUAAUAUCAGCUUGAGCGGCGACUUGGCCGGCAUAACUAACAUCCUUAAAGGCUUAGACGGAAUUAGUCAAAUUCUUGAAAAAGACCUUGAAACAUUAGUGAAAGAGGGUGCGAAAAUACGUAGUCAACCGGUCUUGGGUGCUGCAAACGGCUUAGAGUGUCUCCUUAACGUAAUACUACAAUUAGCACCAGCGGUAGACUUCUCACCAUUGGGCGAAAAACUCAAAACGCUCCCUGACCUUUGUAUUCUCAUCGGGCAACUCGGUGGUAACGUUUCCACUGGAAUCACUGGAAUAUUCCAGAUCUUGGGACAAAUUACAUCAUUACCAGACGAUCCUAUCGCUAUUGUGACUCUACUUAACUGUUUGAUUCAAUUCGUUACACUGUCUCACCCGGAAGAUCUUCAUGGUCUCGAAGAUAAAUUGGAUGGUCUUUUAAAGAAUAUUCUGGAUGCAUUGAAAAAGCUUGGAGUCUCUGAUGAUCUGAAAAAUGUAAAGAAACUCGCCACUGACAUUUUAAAACAGAACCUCAUAUUUGAGCAAUGUAACCUUUCAAGAGUAAUUUAUGAUCUUAUCAAUAACCUUGAGAGCUUGGGACCAUUGGGUUUAAUAAGCAAAGUGGUACAGCUGAUUAAAAAAAUCACGCCUCCCAACCAACUAUUACCUAAUUUACUACUGAUUUUAAUAAUUAAGCUGAAUAGUCCUAUUGGGACUCAGCAGCUUAUAGACCUAGAUAUCCCGAUCAACAUCGACCUAAGCCAAAUCAAAGAUGGCAAGAGUUUAAAAUCGAUCCUCGAUAAAAUUCCGGAUUUAAGGAAUCGCAUCGAGUCGGCCGGAAGUUUGUAUGAUGCUUUGAACGGACUUCCGGUUAUCAAGGAUAUCAUUAAGGCACUUAACAGCGCCAUCAACUUACUCGGUGACAGUAGUCUCAACUUGAAGAAACUACUUGGAUCCAACGGUAUUGUAGAGGGAGUAAUCAAAGCUAUACUGCAAGUGAUUUCUGAAGUUGAUUUGGGAGCCUGCCAGACUGACCUAGAUGAUGCCAAGAUUGCUUAUACGAAGUCCAUUAGCUUGCAGUCUCUAUUGCAUCUGGAUAUUGAAUUGCCAUUGUAAGUUUUUAUCAUGAAAUAUCACUUUGAUUGAUAAUAAAUGAAAUUAGUGUA